UUUAUCAGACUUGUAAGUUGUGAAGUAAUGGUUUCGUCAAAGAACUACCCAGCAACCAAAAAAUUCACCUAAUUUAGUUUUCCUAGAAUUUCAUUUGCUCACACAAUUAUCACCCCACUCAAUUUUUAAUCUAAAUAAAAGUUUCAAUUUCUCAUCCAAAAGUUUCAAUUUCUCAUCCAAAAGUCACAAUUUUUGGUUAAAUUGUUGCACAAAGAAUGGGGUUGUUUGAUCUUGAAAAGAAUUUUGCAUUUUAUGGCGCAUAUCACAGCAACCCAGUUAACAUUUUCAUUCAUAUGUUGUUUGUUUGGCCAAUUUUUUACACUGGGCUUAUGCUGUUAUACUAUGUUCCCAUGCUGUUUUUCCCCAAUUUUGCAUCAUUUUACACUAUAAUAUAUGCUAUUUCCUAUGUGGGUAUGGAUAAAAAAUCUGGGUUUGUGGCUGCAAUUCUCUGUUUCAUCUGUUGGAUUGGAGCUUCUGCUUCUGCUAGCCAUCUUGGGUAUUCUUUAACUUGGAAGGUUGUUUUAGCAGCUCAGUUGAUUUGUUGGUCCGCACAGUUCCUUGGUCAUGGAGUAUUUGAGAAACGAGCACCUGCUCUUCUGGAUAAUCUCGUACAAGCUUUCUUGAUGGCUCCUUUUUUUGUGUUGCUUGAGGCUCUUCAUCAGUUCUUCGGGUAUGAGCCAUAUCCAGGAUUUUACACAAAGGUGAAUGCUAUGGUGGAUGCUGAAAUUAAAGAAUGGAAAGAGAAGAAACAAAAGAAAUCAUCUUAAAUUAAGGUUGUGAGUUAUUCACUGUUUCUUAAUGCAACUGUCUGUAUAUUAUUACUGGAGUAUCAUUAUAAUAAAACAGAAUAAUUUAAAGUUACAGACAAAUGUGGUAGUUUGAAAAACUAGUGUUAUGUGCUGCAAUCAACAAUUGUAAAGGCCAGAUUGUUAACCUGAAUUCUAUUAAUCA